GUAGUUGAACUAUUACUUGAGUUAGUUGUCGUGGCCUGAGCAUGUGGGCUGCUUUACAAGUGAGUUCGUCACUUGAUAGAUUGUGCCGGGAGACAGGCUAAACUAGAGGGAGCCUCGUCUCGGCUUUGUAUUGCCAGUGCUGUGUUGUGGAUAUUCAUCGACUUCAGCAGCGACUUGCACUCUCUGCUGUCAGUGCAGAAUAAGAAUGCUUCCAGUGAAAUCCAAUUGAGUUUUUUUGACAGAUUGCAGGUCCUUGCUAAGCUUGAAUAGUGGUUGAGAAUUGAAAUAUUUGAAUGCCCUCCUGGAGAAAUGUCCCAGUUGAACUGCUCUAAUGGGGAAUUACGCUUCAAGGCCUAGGCCUGUUGUCUGUGCUGAUGAGUUCCAGAAGAAGUUUGGGGAAUCGUGCGCUGCGGUCCGCAAGCGGCUCAUUGAGGAUCUCACUCUGAAAGUAGGAGAAUGGACUGAGCUUCAUCAUGCUUGCAGUCAAAGUGAUGCGAGUCGCGUUUCCGAGCUGGCUACGGAGGAGAACGUCAAUGAUAAAACCGAUGGUGGAUUGACUGGUCUGCAUCUGUGUUGUGUCACUGGCGGCUCCAAAGAACAUGUAGACUGCUUGUUGAGGAAUGGAGCUAAAAUCGCCGUGCUAAGCAAGAAUGGAUUCUCAGCUCUACACCUGGCUGCAUACAAGAAUGAGCCCACAUUGCUUGAAGCACUUCUGGAUGGUAGUGCCGACCCUCUGCAAGAAGGCUACAAUGGCGUGCGUGCUAUUCACAUAGCAGCCAUGUGCGGCAAUCUGGAGGCAAUGCAGGUCUUUCUGAAUCGCGGUGUUGAUCCCAACCUCCAUGACACGAGUAACUACACUCCUCUGCAUCAUGCAACUGACUUUGGUCAUGAUAAGCUGGUUGAGCUUCUUCUACAACGUGACGGUGAUGUGAACUUGAGUAGCGUGAUUGGAUGCCGACCGUUGCAUCUAGCAUGCCGUCGAGGUCAUCUGAAUAUAGUACAGCUUCUAAUCCCAGAACAAGAACCAUCAAUAUUAGGCACCGAAGUGAAUGCUGUCGACACCGAGAAUCAUAGUCCAUUGCAUUUUGCAUGCCGAGAAGGUCACCUCCCAGUGGUCAAGUAUCUCAUGCAGCAAGGAGUGGAUAUUAAUCCUGUCGCCGUCAAUAUUUAUGAUGACACACCAUUGCAUUUUGCAUGUUAUUAUGGACAUUUAGAGGUAGCAAAGUAUCUGGUGGAAGUCAGUGGACCUGAUGUUCUGCUGAAGGAAAAUAUCUUCAGUGAAACGCCGUUCCACAGUGCAUGUACAUAUGGUCUGAAUCUGGAGUUGAUUGGCUAUCUGCUCACUGAGCCCACUAUCUCCGUCAACAUCCAGGGCAGGGAUGGACACACAGGCUUGCACAGUGCAUGUCUGAACGGCCACUUUGCAGCAGCAGAAUACUUGCUGGAGAGUGGAGCUGACGCUUGCAUAAUGACACACAAGCAAGACAAACAAGAGGAGGCGACGCCUCUUAACUGGGCGUUUCAUAAAGGCUUUGAUGACAUUGUACACCUGCUGAAACUGAAAUCACGUCCUCAAGAGGAUACGAUGGGCGAGGACAGUGGUCUUCCAACAUCUGCUGCUUACAUUUCUCAGGUUGCUCUUCCUUCACCAAUUGGCCGGCUACGGAAUGUUACCAAAGAAAAAGCCGACAUCCUAACACUACGUUCCACUCUUGAUGGAAGCCUCCAUAUCAAGCUUUCAGAGAUUGAGAUAAUGGAGGACAUUGGCAGUGGUUCGUUUGGACGAGUGUCAAAGGGUCUACUGCGUGGAGAGACAGUUGCUGUAAAAAAGUAUCGGUCAGCUGCUUUUGCAGCCAAAUCUGACGUGGACAUGUUCUGUCGGGAAGUGUCCAUACUGUGCCGACUCAAUCAUCCGAAUGUGGUACGGUUCAUUGGAGCCUGCUUAGAAGAACGGUCGCAAUUUGCAAUCGUCACCCAGUAUGUGUCAGGUGGUUCCCUCUACUCCGUGCUGCAUGAACAAAACCGGCUACUGGAUGUGCAACACAAGCUGUCCAUUGCACUGGACGUGUCGCGUGGUAUGAACUAUCUGCACACCCUGCCUCGGCCUAUCAUACACCGCGAUUUGAACAGUCAUAACAUUCUCCUGGACGAGUGUGGCUCUGCGCUGGUGGCUGAUUUUGGUGAGUCCCGAUUCUUGAAGACUAAUCAAAUGGACGAGGACAACUUGACUAAGCAGCCUGGGAACUUGCGCUGGAUGGCUCCUGAGAUCUUCUCUCAGUGCACACGUUACAGUGUCAAGGCUGACAUGUUCAGUUUUGCGCUGUGUCUCUGGGAGCUGCUGUCUGGUGAAGUGCCUUUUAAGAACCUCAAGCCUGCUGCUGCUGCCGCAGACAUGGCGUAUCGUAAGAGUCGUCCUCCGGUUCCCCUUUCUUUCAAUCCUGGCAUUUCAUCUCUGAUUCAGCAGGCAUGGGAUGACAACCCUGAAAAACGCCCUACGUUCAAGGACGUCAUGCAUCGGAUAGAGCAUCUGUAUGCUAGCACUCCAGCAAGCAGUGGCAGUGUUGUGCCUACCAUGGCUGCAAUGUCUAUUGUCAAUGGCAUGACAACUACGACCAUUGCAAUUUCAUCUGCAUCGACCACGUCUACGUCGGAAAAUGGCCGGUCUAUGAUGUCAUCUGAUUCAGGGAUGGGAGGUGAUAGUGCAAUUCGAUACAAUGGCCGAGGUUCUCCAGCUGGCUUUGAGAAGACAUUGAGUGGUCAAGCACUGGCUGAAUUGACAAGCACCAUGCAGACACGUGGCAAUGGAGACUAUGUCACGGAUCCCAUGAGCGUUUUGUGCCGAAUCAAGAAGAAUCGCAAGCAACGCAGCUCACAUGGGCUGGAGACGUCCGAGUCCAGCCAAGGCAGUUAGCGUUUGUGGAGCGGCCCUCACCGCUCGCACCACUACUCUAACAACCAUCAUGCCACACUAACUUCAUGCCCAAUUCUUUUUAAACCUUUUUCACUGAAAUACAUCUUUACUCUCCUAACCUAAUAAUCAACACAUUCCUCAUGAAACAAUUUCAAACCCAGGUCAUGUACAUACAAGAUAUCCCCUCUGUAAACAUCCUUGUCCCACUUGUAGCUGUAUGUACCUGUAUGCUGUUUACUUAUAAAUCCCAAUGCUGGCAGUAGCCUGCAUCAUGCAUCAUGCAGCAGCAGUAAACAUUGAGCCGAAUCCAUACAGUAACUUAUUUUCUCGCUAUUGUAAAUACUUGUAGUAGCAAACAGUGCUGAGAAGGUACGCUUGCCUUGUCUGAAUUUGUUUUUAAUUCUUUAUUGUUUUAGUAGGAUAUAUUUUCUUUAUUCGUGCCUCUGUUGCACCUCAUUUUCUUGUUACCGUCAGACGGUGCGAACUGGGUGUGUUCCUUUUUCUGCUUGGUAAGAAACUUUGACACAGCAA